AUGCCUUCCGUUCACGUAAAAGUUCUCGAAGGUCAUGAUCUGAUCGCAAAAGACGUCACUGGAUCGAGUGAUCCCUAUGUCAUUGUGAAACUUGGAUCUACAACAAAGCGAACCAAAGUAAAAAAGCAAACACUUCAUCCUGUUUGGAAUGAUGAAGCAUUUGAUCUCACGGUCACAGAUCCCAUGAAAGAAAGGAUUGUCUUUGAUGUGUACGAUAAGGAUCUCCUCACUCAGGACGACCUUCUCGGAUAUUGCUCUAUUCCAUUGAAUUUACUUCAGAAAGGUGUUCCACAACGUUUUCGGUUGUCCUUGAUGGGAGUUCCAAGAGGAUGUCUUGUGGUUGAAUUAUUUACCAAUGAUUUUGGUCAUCAUGCAGGUGGUGGUGGUGGUGGUGGUGGUUCUAAUGAUAAUGAUCAUUCUCAUGUGUUUUAUGAUUUGCAAGGAAAUGCCUAUGUACUAAGUCUCGGAGAAGGAGGAGUCGACGUCUCAAAGAACAUGUCCAUGACCACCACCAGCAACACCAUCAACAACAACAACAACAACAACACCACCACCACCAUUACCAGCAACAACAACACCUCUUCCUCUCUCCUUUGUGAUGACUUGAACCACUCCAUUCCAGAUGAAUUACUUGGAUUGAUUUUAUCCUUCUCCACCUUAAAAGAUGCACUCGAAUGGAGAUUUGUCAGCAAGUUAUGGCAUCACUUGUUAAAGUUAAAUGUCUUUUCGAGAUUCAUUUGGUAUGAUGAAUUGGAUUUGAAUGGAACUCGAGUGUUAAAUGAACAUUUAAUUCAAAAUGAUCAGAGUUCAGAGUUAUUAAUGAGAAGAGGACAUGUGGCUCUUUCAUUGGAUGAUACUUGUAAGAUUUUAAUAUUUGGUGGAUAUGGAGGUGGACGUCAUCACAAUGAUUUAUUUGAAAUUGAUAUUGACUCCAAUGUUGUGACUUGUAGAGCUCGAGAUCAAAAUGAUGAUGAGCAUGUCGAUCGACAAGAUAUUAUUAUGGGAAGAUCUUUUUGUCCAAUUGUUAAGAUUGGAAUGAAUCGAUAUUUCAUUCAUGGAGGUUAUUGUAAUUAUACAAGUGAUGAAAAUCCAAAUUUGAGUGAUGCAUGGAUUCUUGACAUUGAUCGUGACACUCACAAAUUCACAAAAUUUAAACAACAAGGACAAGUACCACCAGCUCUGGAAAGUCAUUCUCUUGUGUACUAUAAUAAUCAUGUCAUUGCGUAUGGUGGAAGUAGUGUGUUGAAUGGAGAUGAUUUGGGACAGAAAUAUAGUGAUGUCUAUGCACUCAAUGUAGAGACUGGACAGUGGAGUAAAUUGAGAAUGGAUGAAAGUAUUGAAAAGCAUCCAGGAGCUCUCACAGGUCAUUCCUGUCACAUGAUUGAAAAUACCAAUCAAAUGAUUCUCUAUGGAGGAUACAAUCAAAGUGAAGAGACUAAUAACCAUAUUUGGAUUUUACACAUUGUACUUCCAGUUGAGACUAGAUUCUUUAAAGAAUACAGUUAUUGGGAACAAGUGACACUUUCUCCUCAUAAUACCUUCCUUCCUCACUCAACACUCUAUCAUCGUUCUGUGCUCGUUGACAAUAACAAAUUAUUUGUCUAUGGAGGAUCAAGAAAUUGGAAUAAUCAAGAAUUGAGUAAUCAAUUUGUUGUUUUUGAUUUGGAAAAGAAGAUUUGGAAGAAUCUUAAAGAUGAUAAGGAAUACUUUUGUUGCAAAACAAAUCGUGAGAGUGGAGAGCUAUUGAGUGUGUAUGGUCAUACUUUCACCUAUUUACCAAAGAGUAAGAGAUUUGUUGUGACAGGAGGUUCAAGUUUUGAGUGUUCCGGUCAUUACAAAUCCCUUGCACAGUUUGUGGGAGUAUUUCAUAGAUUGUAA